GGGCGGGGACCUGGCUAGCCCACCGGCUUUGGUGCGCAUGCUUGCAAAUGUGCUGUGGCUCUCCGGGUAAAGAUGGCGGAGCGCGGUUACAGCUUUUCGCUGACUACCUUCAGCCCAUCUGGUAAACUUGUUCAGAUUGAAUAUGCUUUGGCUGCUGUAGCUGGAGGAGCCCCUUCCGUGGGAAUUAAAGCGGCAAAUGGUGUGGUGUUAGCAACGGAGAAGAAACAGAAAUCCAUUCUGUAUGAUGAGCGGAGCGUACACAAAGUAGAGCCGAUCACUAAGCACAUAGGCUUGGUGUACAGUGGCAUGGGCCCAGACUACAGAGUGCUUGUGCAUAGAGCUCGGAAAUUAGCUCAGCAAUAUUAUCUUGUUUACCAAGAACCCAUCCCCACAGCUCAGCUGGUACAGAGAGUCGCUUCUGUGAUGCAAGAGUAUACCCAAUCAGGUGGUGUUCGUCCAUUUGGAGUUUCUUUACUCAUUUGUGGCUGGAAUGAGGGGAGACCAUAUUUAUUUCAGUCUGAUCCAUCUGGAGCAUACUUUGCCUGGAAAGCCACAGCAAUGGGAAAGAACUACGUGAACGGGAAAACUUUCCUUGAGAAAAGAUAUAAUGAAGAUCUGGAACUUGAAGAUGCUAUUCACACAGCCAUUUUAACCCUAAAGGAAAGCUUUGAAGGGCAGAUGACAGAAGAUAACAUCGAAGUUGGGAUCUGUAAUGAAGCCGGGUUCAGAAGGCUCACUCCAACUGAAGUUAAGGAUUAUUUGGCUGCCAUAGCAUAACGACAGAGUGACUGAAAAUUUUGGCGUUUCAGAUCAUCUUCUCUACUAAAACGUGUUUCAAGAAUGUUUUGUUUUUGCAUACUUUUGCAUACUUAUUUCUACAUGGUUUAAUGGACUGAUGUUUUUAAAAAAUGACAGUUACAAAUCACAAUAAAUUGCUAAAUCCAA